AUGUCUUACAGUGUGACUCUGACUGGGCCUGGCCCCUGGGGCUUCCGCCUGCAGGGAGGCAAGGACUUCAACAUGCCGCUCACCAUCUCCCGGAUCACCCCAGGCAGCAAGGCAGCCCAGUCCCAGCUCAGCCAGGGUGACCUUGUGGUGGCCAUUGAUGGUGUCAACACAGACACCAUGACCCACCUGGAGGCCCAGAACAAGAUCAAGUCUGCCAGCUACAACCUGAGCCUCACCUUGCAGAAGUCAAAGCGCCCCAUUCCCAUCUCCACAGCUGCACCUCCAAUCCAGUCCCCUCUGCCGGUGAUUCCCCACCAGAAGGACCCUGCUCUGGACAUGAACGGCAGUCUGGUGGUGCCCAGCCCCAGCCCCGAGGCACCGGCCAGCCCAGGCACUCCAGGCACAGCAGAAUUCAGGCAGAGCUUGAGCUCCUCCUUGCCCCAGCCCUCUGCCUUCUCCCACACUGAGCCCUCUGACCCCGCCCCUCCCCAGGGCAGCACAAAAAGCCCCAAAGUCCCAUUGAGCUCAAGGCAGCCUCGGCAGUAUAACAACCCCAUUGGCCUGUACUCAGCAGAGACCCUGAAAGAGAUGGCUCAGGCCUAUCAGAUGAGCCUCAGAGGGAAGGCCCCAGGUGCUGGACUUCCAGGAGGCGCCGACUAUCAGGAACGCUUCAACCCCAGUGCCCUGAAGGACUCGGCCCUGUCGACCCACAAGCCCAUCGAGGUGAAGGGGCUGGGAGGCAAGGCCACCAUCAUUCAUGCGCAGUACAACACACCCAUCAGCAUGUACUCACAGGACGCCAUCAUGGACGCCAUAGCUGGGCAGGCACAGGCCCAGGGCAGUGAUUUCAGCGGGAGCCUUCCUAUUAAAGACCUGGCUGUGGACAGCGCCUCCCCAGUGUACCAGGCUGUGAUUAAGAACCAGAACAAGCCAGAAGAAGAGGCUGAUGAGUGGGCCCGCCGCUCCUCGAACCUGCAGUCUCGUUCAUUCCGCAUCCUGGCCCAGAUGACAGGGACAGAGUACAUGCAAGACCCAGAUGAAGAAGCUCUGCGAAGGUCAAGGCCCCAGGCUUCUGCCUAUAGCCCUGCAGCAGCCACCUCUCCAGCACCUGUUGCCCACACCAGCUACGGUGAGGUCCCAGCUGCCCCUGCACCCAAGCCCCGGGUGAUAACUACAGCCAGCAUCCGGCCUUCUGUCUACCAGCCAGUGCCUGCUUCUACCUACAGCCCAUCUCCAGGGGCAAAUUAUAGUCCAGCUCCCUACACGCCCUCACCUGCUCCUACCUAUACCCCUUCAACAAUCCCAGCCUACACCCCUUCACCUGCCUCGGGCUAUAACCCUGCACCCUCAGCCACUCACGGUGGAGGACCUGCAGAGCCUACCAGCCGCCCACCCUGGGUGACAGAUGACAGUUUCUCUCAGAAGAUUGCCCCUGGGAUGAGUACCACAUCAGUCAGCAAGCAGUCCCUGCCACGGGGCGCCCCGGCCUUCGCUCCGACUGGUCCCCAGGUGUCCCCCCUUGCCAGGGGCAUCGUCCAGAGAGCCGAGCGCUUCCCAGCCAGCAGCCGGACUCCACUCUGCGGACACUGCAACAGCGUCAUCCGGGGCCCCUUUCUGGUAGCCAUGGGCCGCUCCUGGCACCCAGAAGAGUUCACCUGUGCCUACUGCAAGACCUCCCUGGCAGACGUGUGCUUUGUGGAGGAACAGAACAACGUCUACUGCGAACGCUGUUAUGAGCAGUUCUUUGCCCCAUUGUGUGCCAAGUGCAACUCCAAAAUCAUGGGGGAAGUGAUGCAUGCCCUAAGACAGACCUGGCACACCACCUGCUUCAUUUGUGCAGCUUGCAAGAAGCCCUUUGGGAAUAGCCUGUUCCACAUGGAGGACGGAGAGCCCUACUGUGAGAAAGACUACAUCAAUCUGUUCAGCACCAAGUGUCAUGGCUGUGAUUUCCCUGUGGAAGCUGGUGACAAGUUUAUCGAAGCCCUGGGACACACUUGGCAUGACACAUGCUUCAUCUGUGCAGUCUGCCACGUGAAUUUAGAAGGGCAGCCGUUCUACUCCAAGAAGGACAAACCCCUGUGUAAGAAGCACGCACACGCCAUCAACGUGUAG